GCUGCUUAGCACUCCCUGGCGAGUUCUAGCGGUCUUCGUGACACUGCGCUGCUCACUACAUUUCUUUAAUUUAACCUUUCACUAAGUCGUGGUUACACUUUUUUUUUUUUUUAACUUUUUUAAGCGACGCCAUGCCUCUCACAUUCGAGCUUUGUCCUGGCAGAAUGAUCGGGGGGGAUCACCCCUGCUUCAUUAUUGCUGAAAUAGGGCAGAAUCACCAGGGCGACAUUGAGAUUGCCAAGAAAAUGAUUCGCAUGGCGAAGGAGUGUGGUGCCGAUUGUGCCAAGCUGCAGAAGAGCGAAUUGGAGUCCAGGUUCAACAAAGAGGCAUUGCUGCGACCUUACACCUCAGAACACUCCUGGGGAGCAACCUAUGGAGAUCACAAGCGACACCUGGAGUUCAGUCAUGAACAGUACCGGGAACUGCAAAAGUACGCCAAGGAGAUUGGCAUCUUCUUCACUGCAUCAGGGAUGGAUGAGAUGGCAGUCGAGUUUCUUCAUGAGCUCAACGUUCCAUUUUUUAAAGUGGCAUCUGCAGAUUCCAACAACUUGCCGUACCUUGAAAAAACUGCAAAAAAAGGUCAUCCCAUGGUGAUUUCCAGUGGGAUGCAGUCAAUGGACACCAUGCGACGUGUUUACAAGACGGUAAAAGCGCACAACUCAAGAUUUUGUUUCCUGCAGUGCACCAGUGCUUAUCCUCUGAAGCCAGAAGAAGUUAAUCUGCGUGUCAUACUGGAAUUUCAAAAGGAGUUUCCUGAUAUUCCCAUUGGCUACUCAGGCCAUGAGACUGGUAUUUGUAUCACAGUGGCUGCAGUUGCAAUGGGAGCCAAAGUUGUUGAACGUCACGUUACUCUGGACAAGAGUUGGAAAGGAAGUGACCACAAGGCCUCCUUAGAGCCUAAAGAACUGGCAGAGCUGGUGAAGGCGAUCAGGACUGUGGAGACAGCCAUGGGCUCCCCAUUCAAAAACAUGCUUCCCUGUGAGAUGUCCUGUCACAGCAAGCUGGGCAAGUCCGUGGUGGCAAAGGGACCGAUUCCCAAAGGCUCUACGCUGACGCUUGAUAUGCUGACAGUGAAAGUGGCUGAGCCUAAAGGUAUCCCCCCAGAGGAGAUCUUCAGCCUUGUGGACAAAAAAGUGAAGAAAGACAUUGAAGAGGAUGCCACCCUGAUGAAAGAAGCUUUGGAAAAUUAUGGAAAGUAGAACAAACUAUUUUAAAGUGGUGUGGACAAUUUUGCGAUUUUAUUUUUAGCCAGAAAUAUAGACUAUAAGCGACCUAUUUAAAAAAAAAAAAAAAAGAAAAAAUAUUUCAAGUUUUAAUUUUUUGAUUUUUGUAAUUUGCUGGAAUAUUAUUCAAGGAGAACCGCAAAUGUAAGUGCUAAGCAGCCCAAAACAUAAACCAAAGGUUUGGCGUGUCAGAACGGCUGUAUCGGUUAAUGUCAGUUUCUGUGGGAUGUACUCGCUCAUUAAAACUACAAAUUCAGGCACUGGAGUUUCCAGUUAUGGUGACACAGCCAUCAGUGCUUCUGCCCCUAGUUUGUCUGGGUUUAGUUCCUAGUCUAGGCACCAUAUAUGGAGAAUUUGUUCCUUCUGUCUUAGUUUGUGUAGUUUCUUCUCAGCAUCACAAAGGCUGUAUACCAUACUAUAUUAUUAUUAUUAUUAUUAUUAUUAUUACUAGGGGGUUGUGCCCCCUGCUCGCUUCACCUGCUCACCUCCGGGUUUGUUAACCGGAUAUACAAUUUAAAGAGAUUGUUAUCUUCAUGGGAAUUGUUACAUAUGUAUUAUUUUCACUUUUACUUUAAUACUCCAGUAAAAACAAUAUUUGGAAUUAACUUUUCUUCAAGAUCACAUUGAAUUUUGAUUCGUAUUUGGACUUACAUCGUGACAACGCAACGUUUAACUGCCCAUGAGUGAAUAUCGUUUCUUUACCUCUAAUAUCUUACCUGACUUUUUUGAAUGUUUGUCCCUGCUCUUUCUUCUUCACUUAGUCGUUGACGUGUCAUCUAGAAUGUAUAAAAUUAUUGUCCUGAUAAAUUUAUAGGAGCUGAGAGCGCAGGAAGUGUGUCUGACAAAAGCAUUCACACAACUGAGAGGGUUAGAUGACCAUGGUCUUGUUUGAAAAUGGUUGUAAGUAGGGCGUGACUUUAAAGAAUCUAAUGGCAAAAGUCACCGUCUCACUGGACUUCAUUCCAAAAAGCCUCUUCAAAAAGUCACGUCUCGUCCCAAGAUUUUUUUAUUAUAAUAGAGAGAUUAUUUUAUUAUUAUUAAUAAGAAGAAGAAGAAUAUGGGCAGCAUGGUGGCGCAGUGGGUAGCGCUGCUGCCUCGCAGUUGGGAGACCUGGGGACCUGGGUUCGCUUCCUGGGUCCUCCCUGCGUGGAGUUUGCAUGUUCUCCCCGUGUCUGCGUGGGUUUCCUCCGGGCGCUCCGGUUUCCUCCCACAGUCCAAAGACAUGCAGGUUAGGUGGAUUGGCGAUUCUAAAUUGGCCCUGGUGUGUGGGUAUGUUUGUGUGUGUCCUGCGGUGGGUUGGCACCCUGCCUGGGAUUGGUUCCUGUGUUUGCUGGGAUUGGCUCCAGCAGACCCCCGUGACCCUGUGUUCGGAUUCAGCGGGUUGGAAAAUGGAUGGAUGGAUGGAUAAUAAGAAUAAAAGUAAUACAUUUAAUUUAUAUAGCACACAGUAUAAACAAUAUCAUCUCUAGAUGCUUUACAUUAAUAUAGAACAAAUACACAAAUAAAUCAAACUAAAAUAAGAAUUGUGCAUUAAAAUGUUAAAAAUUGGAUAAAUACCUCUUCUAAAAGCACUUUAGUGAGUUAAGUCUUCAAUCUCCCUUUAAAAACAGCUAAUGAUGCCAAGGCCCUUACAUACUGUGGCAGUCUGUUACAUAGAUGUGGGGCAAUGGAGCUAAAGGCUGUGGACAGCUUUGUCCAAGGAACAACUAGAAAAUGUGAGGAUGCAGGGUGGACGAGAAGACAAAAGGAGGAGUGGAUGGAGUAAGCAGGACCUGAAUGUGCAGCAGCAGUAAGACACUUGUACACGAGGAGCAGAAUCUUAUAUUGGAUCCACUCCUUUAAGGAUAAGUUUGGUAUUUUUCAAAUCAAAGUUAUUUCUUCACAAUCAUUGUAAGUAUUAAAUUGCCGCAUCAUGAAAUUGAGUUCUAUAUAUUUAUUAUUUUAAAAAUCUUAAAAAAUAAUCAGACUGCCGUUGCAUUUUACAAUGGAGCUAAUGGCUACCAGGGUCAUAAUGUAAAAAAGCAAAAAAAAAAAAAAAAACUAAAAACUUAAAAGUUAAUGAAUAUGUCUACUUUAAAGUAGCAAAGGUUUCGAUUUGUGGAAACACACCUUCUGUAUUUCUGAGGCAUGCUUUUGACAGCAAUCUAAACUGAAAAUAAUAAAUAUUAUCCCAGAUUCUUGGUUCUAUUUUCUUGAAGUAAGGAUACAUUUCUCUCUCACUUUUCUGCUCGUAGUGGGCAUUGUGGGUGGGGCAAUAAGAAACCCCGCCCCUCCUCCUUUGCCAAGCUAUAUGCAGCUUAUUAUCCUAACUUUUGCUUCUGCAGUUCUGUUUCUUCAAAGGUUAUGUUCUGACUUGACAGAUGCUCGCUCAAAUCAUAAGGUUAUUUUGUCAUAAAUGUUGGAAAAUUAAUGUAUACCACAACUGAGAAGAAAUAGCUUUCACUUGAAAAAUACCAAACCUGUCCUUUAACAUGCAGCCAAUGUCAAGAAAGAAGCACAGGUCCAGGAGGGCGGACAAUGGAAGUGAUGUCAGUGGUGGAAUGGCUGUCAGCCUUCCAUUCUGCAGAAGGAGGAAUAGAGAAAGCAUUAGAACACAGCACCAAACCCCUGGUUCAGUGGGUAAUUACCAUCACCUUGAUAAUAGAAAUAAUUUUGCAUAUUAGUAAGUACAUGUUCAACACUAUCCAUCCAUCCAUCCAUUGUCUCCCGCUUAUCCGAGGUCGGGUCGCGGGGGCAGCAGCUUGAGCAGAGAUGCCCAGACUUCCCUCUCCCCGGCCACUUCUUCUAGCUCUUCCGGGAGAAUCCCAAGGCAUUCCCAGGCCAGUCGAGAGACAUAGUCCCUCCAGCGUGUCCUGGGUCUUCCCCGGGGCCUCCUCCCGGUUGGACGUGCCCGGAACACCCCACCAGGGAGGCGUCCAGGAGGCAUCCUGAUCAGAUGCCCGAGCCACCUCAUCUGACUCCUCUCGAUGCGGAGGAGCAGCGGCUCUACUCUGAGCCCCUCCCGGAUGACUGAGCUUCUCACCCUAUCUUUAAGGGAAAGCCCAGACACCCUGCGGAGGAAACUCAUUUCAGCCGCUUGUAUUCGCGAUCUCGUUCUUUCGGUCACUACCCAUAGCUCAUGACCAUAGGUGAGGGUAGGAACAUAGAUCGACUGGUAAAUUGAGAGCUGAGCCGCAAGGCGAGCUCCUUUUUCACCACGACAGACCAAUGCAAUGCCCGCAUUACUGCGGAUGCCGCACCGAUCCGCCUGUCGAUCUCACGCUCCAUUCUUCCCUCACUCGUGAACAAGACCCCGAGAUACUUGAACUCCUCCACUUGGGGCAGGAUCUCGCUACCAACCCUGAGAGGGCACUCCACCCUUUUCCGGCUGAGGACCAUGGUCUCGGAUUUGGAGGUGCUGAUUCUCAUCCCAGCCGCUUCACACUCGGCUGCGAACCGAUCCAGAGAGAGCUGAAGUUAGUUCAACACUAUCUUGGAUAUAUUGCAAAUUUUAGGUGGUCUUUUGAUGUAGACCAACACAAUAAAUACUUGCAGUACUCCAAACAGGAUGGUAUAUAAGCAUGGACCAGCUUCUGAGCAUCUUGCAUCGACAGAGAUGAUCUGAGUUUGGAUAUAUUCUAGAGAUGAUGGAAAGAUGACUUAGAUGCAGAGGAAAAAUGGCUCUGGAAAGUAAGAGUGGGGUUGAACUCAACACUUAGGUUUACAAGUAUAUCUAAAGAGGACUGUGUUUUUUAUCUGGCAUGAAGGACCCACAAUAUCUGUUUUGCCACUGUUUACUUGAAAAUAGUUUUCUGUUAUCCAGCACUGGAUAUAUGGUUGCUGUAUACAGCACUUGCUAUAUGGUUGUGAAACAUGGACACUAUCCAGUGACCUGAGACGAAGACUGGACCCCUUUGGUACUGUGUCUCUCCGGAGAAUCCUUGGGUACCAUUGGUUUGACUUUGUGUCGACUGAGUGGUUGCUCAUGGAGUCCCAAAUGAGGCACAUUACCUACAUUGUGAGGGAGCAUCAGUUACGGCAUUACGACCAUGUGGCGCGUUUCCCCGAGGGUGAUCCAACUCACAGGAUCUUCAUUGUUGGGGACCCGAGUGGCUGGACCAGGCCAAGGGGUCGCCCACUUAACACCUGGCUGUGGCAGUUAGAGGUUCAUUUCCGGAGGGUGGGACUGGACCGCGUGUCUGCCUGGGGGGUUGACAACCGGGAUCCUAAGUUGUUUCAUCGUGUAGUGGGUGCGGCAACACACUGUACCAGUGCAUGCUCCCCAGCUUGACUUGACUUGGCUUCAGCACUGGAUAUGAUCCAAUCAUUUGGUGGUCUUUAGAAAUUCUAGAAGCCCUUUAGAGAUGUCUGGAAAUAGAUUGUUAUGCCACUGGCAGGCAGUGAAAAGACACAUCAUACUGUGGACUGUCAUUCCUUCUAAAAUUGGUUUCUCUUUACAAUUCACUAUUUCAACAGUAGGCUCCUGUUUCCUCUGGCCCAGUGAAAAAGAGGAAAUGGGUACAGAGAAUGAACACAUGGAGCAGUGCAUCCAUCUGCUUGGCUUGUCUUGUACUGCUAUUUAAGCUUUGUGUAACAACCGAAUUUAACUGUGCAGGAUGCACAUCUUCUGUUCCGUCAUCAAUACUGAAGUAAUAUGAAUCCUUAACCUGCACAUCCAGGCACACCAAUUCCAUCAGCAAGUCCCUGACAUGGCAGCCUUGUGGAGUUGUGCACUUUAAUGGUUUCUGUGCCUAAGUUGACUUAUUUCAUAUGGGAAAAUAGUUUCUGUUCAAAAUGAAAAGGGUAGCAUUGCUUAUUUAUUUCUAUUGAAAAAAUAUUUCUUGCUGUUGUACAUACUAUUUCAAUAUGCAUUUAGUAAUUAUUAAUCUGCUUUAAUAACUGCAUAAUUAUUUGAAUAUUUUAUGUCUAUUUGACCAUAGUUGUACUUAAAGCAUUUUUGGUAGCAACCACAAUACAAUGAAUGUAAACAAUAUACAUAUUUUAUGUGUGCAUAUACGGUAAAUAACAGUGGUGGACCGUACAUUUCACACCUAGGCCUUCAGUAGUGCUCCGUCUGAAUCAACCCGCCCCUCAAAAACUAAUUUAUGGUUAUAAAAACUAUCUUAAUAUGCAGAAAUACAGUAUAAAGAGCCGUUGCAUCGCAGAUAGAUAACUUCUGUAGCCACAAUAAAUGCCUUUAUUGAAUAGACAAACCAGGGGUGAACAAGUUCCUUUCUACUGCAGCUACAGCCGCGACACACAUAAAAAACAUCAAUAAUAACUCAUAAACUUGCAAUAUUAUUUAGGAAAAUCGCAACAUUUUACUCACCAAAAAUUCGGAUUAUUUGUAAACAAAAUCCAUCCUCCUCUCUUUCCUCAAAAUCAGUUCAAUUACUCUGUCGUACAGAUUAUCCGUGCGCUUCAGUUCCAUCACGAAGUCCCUUUCUAUCACCAUCGAAGCUAAUGCUGAAAGUUGAACCUGCCCUGUCGUAUUCCUGACAUAAGUUUUAAUUCACUUGAGGGCUGAAAAUGUCCGCUUGACAGAAGCAGUGGACACGGGAAUGGUCACCGCCAAACAUACCAAUGUGUACAGCUGCCCCAUGAUGCUCUCAUUCAGAUUUUUCUGAUGAAGGAAGUCAAGGAGAUCAGUGGGAGAUUUUCCUGCAAAAUCAUCCAUGGCAUACUUACACCAUCCUAUCCAAUCAACGGGUCUGAAUACGGUGACAUUGCCGAACGCCUGCUAGAGGGCCCUAGUGACACCAACUCAAAAUCUGACUGGUUGAACCAACAGGUUAAUCGACAUUUAUUUUGUGUUAGAGGGCCUGUAGAACGGAUUGUGAAGGCCUCCGGGCAAACUUCUUUGACUUUGACCCUGCCUGGCAGCAAAUGAUGGCUGAAAUGUGAUUGGUUAAAUGCUUUAAUGCGAAAAUACAUGUCUGGAAGCAGCACAACCAUCGGAAAAGCUAUGAAAGGAAGCAGACAAUUUGGAAUUAUUUAAUAACUAUUCAUGAACAAAAUAUAAUUAACAUCAGUUUGUGAUUCAGAUAUUUUUUUAGGUCAGCAGAGAAGGCCUUGCGGGCCCUGACGGCCCACCACUGGUAAAUAAUAUAUACUUAAUCUGAAAUAACUUUAAUUUGAUAAAUGUGACACUCAUGAUUAAAUGUUUAUUGAUUUUUGCAAUAAAAUUUAUUUUUACCUUUGUAACACA